GUCUCAUAGACAAUUACUAUUUAUGUCCGCCAUUCAUUCUUUUGAGUUGGUUUUUCGUUUUACAAUUUCCAAAAACACGCGAUUUGCCAUCAAGGUCUACGCGACGUAGGUAAUCAAUUAACGUAGUAACAGCUGAUACAACACAGUAUACGCGUUGGACUAUAAUCACUAUCACCGAUAUUGUAACUUUUGUUAAGUGACGUGAUCCAUCCGAAAGAUCGUAUCGUACUUCCAAUGCAAUAAUGCUUUUACUUCCCUUUUACAUUGUUGGAAGCGACGUUCGCUUGAGUGCCUGAUAGUGCAGAAUUAUGUGUGAUUAACCGAACAAAUUCAUAGGACUCAGCAUGGGGGCGUUUUUGAAUAAGCCCGAGACUAAGAAGUAUAACGAGAGUGGGGAAGGGAAUGGUCUUCGCUAUGGCGUGGCGUCAAUGCAGGGUUGGCGAGUGGAAAUGGAAGAUGCACAUCAUGCACAGUUAACUUUGAACGGUACUCUGUCAGACUGGUCGUAUUUCGCUGUAUUCGAUGGUCACGCGGGGGCGCGAGUCUCAGCACAUUGCGCGGAAAACCUCCUCGAGUGCAUCUUGCAAACAGAUGAAUUUCGACGUGAAGAGAUAGCGGAGGCUAUUCGCGCAGGAUUUCUGGACUUAGACGAAAAGAUGCGUGAGCUGCCUGAGCUAUGUACAGGAAAAGAGAAGUCUGGGUCGACAGCAGUUUGCGCUUUUGUGUCACCAAAGCAGAUAUACAUAGCUAACUGUGGUGACUCGCGUGCGGUACUCGCACGUAACGGCGCCCCGAUCUUUGCAACUCUAGACCAUAAGCCGGAGUUGCCAUCGGAGAAGUCUCGUAUUGUACAAGCCGGAGGUUCAGUGAUGAUUCAACGUGUCAACGGAAGUUUAGCUGUUUCUCGAGCUCUAGGUGACUAUCAAUACAAGAAGGCGUUAAGUCGUGGUCCAUGUGAGCAACUAGUGUCACCAGAGCCAGAAGUAUCGGUUCAUGAAAGGUCAGAGGCAGAGGAUGAAUUUUUGGUGCUGGCUUGCGAUGGAGUUUGGGAUGUUAUGAGCAAUGAAGCUCUAUGUGCAUAUGUGCAUUCAUUACUGCAACUCACAGAUGACCUAACAGCCAUAACCAAUCAGGUCAUUGAUACCUGCUUAUACAAGGGUAGUAAGGACAACAUGAGCAUUGUACUGGUGGUGUUCCCUGCAGCUCCAAAGCCCAGUCUUGAGGCUCAACGAGCAGACCGCGAGCUUGAUGAGACACUGCGACAGAGACUCACAGCGCUGAUCGAGAAGAACGAUGGUACAGAGGACUUCUCGCAGGUGCUGAAAGAUCUGGUCCAAGAGAACGUGCCGGGUCUGCCGCCAGGCGGAGGGCUCGCCGCAAAACGAGGACUGCUGGAUAAAAUAUAUAGGGAGUAUUAUCCGGACCAUCCCGACAGCUCGGAGUCAUUCGAUUGUCAAGCUGAGCUCGCCGAUGCACUCUACGAUGGCGCCAACUGAGUUGCCGCCGCAAAAUAUACACUAUUGCAAACGAGUUAUGCUCUAUAUUCCUGUAUUAGAUAAUUGUUUGCUAGUAUCAGAGAAGAGUAGACCUACUCUUAACAUUAAAAGUUUUACCUAGGAUACACUUUAGAAAAAAAUGAACGCAACAUUUGAGGCCUUUGAAAGUAAGAUUUGAUUUUCGAGCUUUCUUUUUCAAUCAAACAAAUUACAUGGUAGUUUUUCCUAACAGUCGUAAGAUAUUUAAUUUAAUAUCUCUUUUGCAAUAGUGUAGUGUUUACAAUGAAAUAUUAGAUGAAUACAUAUUGUAGUUAACUAUCGAAAGGAAUUGCGAAAACAUUAAAUAUUAAACGGAAAAUGUCUCUAUAUUUUAUUUUGUAAAUAAAAAUAAAGUCAUGAACAUCAAACAAUGUAGGCGCAAUUUCAUUUGAUUUCAAUUGGAUGCUACUAAACAUCGUCUGUGUUGAUUGUCGUUUUUUUUUAUCGUCGCCCGCUUUGUACAAAAAUCAGCUACACACGUGAUCAUAAAUUAAAAAUAGUCUUUAAUGUUAGGGGUUGUCUAUGGUAGCAAAUGGCGACGUGAUAAUCCGCAUUAAAAAGGCCAAAAAUUAUGCCGAAAAUUAGAUACCGAAAACUGCGUGUUGUUUUAUCCUCGACUGCUGUGGAAUGGCAAUAAAAUUUUUGAGUCGUAGACAAAAAUUAUUUUAUAAUGUUAGUGUAAAUGUGUCGCCCGUACCUGCCUCUCCACAGCGGCGUUACAUUUUUUUAGACAGUUUAUCGUAUCGAAAUUAUAUUGAUGUGUGGCACAAAUUUCCAUUUCCUUUGAACCAUUAUUGUAGAAACUAACAGAUACUACUUUUAGUAAUGAGAUAUUUGUACAGAAUUAAACGGAAUUUAUUUGGCUGAUUCACAAUUUUAUUUCGUAGUUUAGACAUUUUUUUUAUGUUCGUUUAUCAUUUGCCGUUUAUAAAUGUUAUAAUAUUAGAAUGUAUUAUAGAGAUUCGAGUAAAAUAUAAAGCAUAUUGUUAAAAAAGUCUACUAGUAUCGCAAACAGAUAAUGUUUUGUGUCGUCUAAUUUUAUGGUCUAUUAUUCACACUGGCCAGUCGUAGUUCGUUUAAUAUCCUCUGACUCAAGUUUUUGUCAUAAAACCCAUAACUUAUAUUGGUAAUAUAAUACUUAACACUAUUAUGAUAAUUAAUAGUCCCAUUUUGUAUAUAUUACGACAAUAUUUUAGUUGCUACAACAAUACCGAAAGAACAUUUUUACAAUAAUAUCAUUGUAAGGGCGAUUCUAUAUCGAUACAGAGAUAAUUAUGUAUUUUAGUGAAUUAAUGAUUGAUUAAUCACUACUUUUAACAUAAUAUAUUAUAUAUUUCGGGUAAAUUUGAUGGAUGAACUUAUAACUGUAACUGUACAAAAGAUAUCCAAGUAGUCUGAUAUCCAAUAUAUCAUUAUUAAUAUUGUUACCAAAUAUAUGAGAAAACUCUUUAUGGGCAGUCCAUGAAACGCAAAUUAUAAUGCAAUGUAUAUUCUCAAGACUAAUAAACCUUAAUAGUCGGUAAUAAUAAAAAAAAAUAGUCAAAUAUUGAAGUGAUAAGGCUGCAUCACACCGGUAUUUUUAGCGUUGGUGCUUCGUGAAAAUUUGAUCGGUGACAACAUGGUGACAAUGCUACGCGAAUGCGUUAUUAGUGUUUUAAUUCUCUGGCUAUAAGUGAUAACGCGAUAUUUUUUAGAACAAUAAAAUAUGUACGAAAUUCUGAUCCGCUUAUUUUAUAUAAUAGACUCGAUCACCAAUAAUUUCCCAAUAUUGUCUUAAAUUUUUGCAUAUUAAUUUAUGAAAUUAUGCCCGCUUUUGGGCAUAGUCACCGAUGAAUUGUUCGUUACACCAAUGCUCGAAAGGUCAGUGAGAGAGCGGCCUAAAUAGCCUCGAUUAUAUCGAUAGUCUUUUUGAUAAAUUACCAGUGCGGAUCAUGGCCGGCCUAUUUCCUCUUAAUAGAAAAGAAAGAAGAGGGGGAAUACUUUUUGUACCUGUUUGAGCGAAUUAGUACACAAAAGUUGUUUUGUAUUUAGCCUCUAUAGUCAAUAACUUGAUUUUCCGUAAUUUCCCAUAUUAACUUUUAUUUAUAAUUUUCAGUUUAAAGAAACCGAGCAAUGUAGUUGUUUAUAUUCUGUUGUAUUUUUUUUUGUAUUUUUAUUAUUGAUACCGGUUAUCUGUUUAUUAUAAGCAUGGAGAACUAAAUAUAAAUAUUAACAUUUCUAUUUUAUUUUUCAUACACAUUCAAAUUGUUGUAAAUUUUUACUCUUGUAAAGUAAAUAGAUAUAGUAGUAUUGUUUCCCCUUUUUCUGAAACUAAUAUGUAAUUAAUUUUUGACCCAUUGUCACUAAUUAAAUUGUUCAAUAAGGCGCGCAGUCUUAUUUUACAAUAGUGCUAUAAGAUUUUAUAUUUAAUUUAGUUAGUUUUUUAUAAUUAAACCAAAUAUAACUGGCAGUGGGUUUAGAAUUGGAUUAUUUUUAUGUCCACCAAGAAAAAAAAUAAAGUAGGUUGUUUUUUUAAUUGUAACUGCUUUCGGUUGAAAGUCUACGUCGUCUUACAAAGUGUGUCUCGUUAUUAUCUAGUAGACGCUUGAACAAUAAAUACCUGUACCUUAAUUCUUAUUUUAUUUAUUCAACGUCUUC